CAGAGAGCCCGAGUGAAGAAGAAAGGACGUUGCCUGAGUAGAAGGAGCAUAUUCUCAGGAGAAUGGAACUCUGCCCACCACACCAAACAUAAGGCCACUGGGAAUAUCUGCACCUGCAAACCAGCCCAGCCUUCUAGGGAGAGAGCAGGCCUCCUCAUCUCCUUCAUCAUGAACUGGCACAUGAUAAUCUCCGGGCUUAUCGUAGUGGUGCUUAAAAUUGUUGGAAUGACCUUAUUUCUGCUUUAUUUCCCACAGAUUUUUGCCAAAAGUAAUGUCGGCUUCAUUCCCACAGAGAACUACAGAACAGUCCCACAAAUUUUUGGGAGCGGUAACGUCAGCUUCAUUCCCACAAAGAGCUACGGAACAGCCUGCCCCAGAGGGUGGGAUUUUAAUCAAGAAAGAUGUUUUUUCUUGUCCACCUCUGAGUUGUCUUGGAAGAAAAGCAGGGACUUUUGCGAAACAGAAGGAUCAACUCUGGCCAUUGUCAACACGCCAGAGAAACUGAAGUUUCUCCAGAGCAUAACUGGUGCUGAGAAGUAUUUUAUUGGUUUACUAUACCAGCAUGCAGAGAAAAGGUGGCGUUGGAUCAACAACUCCAUAUUCACUGGCAAUGUUACAAAUCAGCAUCAGGAUUUCAAUUGUGUGACCAUAGGCCUGACAAAGACAUAUGAUGCUGCAUCAUGUGACGUCAACUACCGCUGGAUCUGUGAGAAGAGUGUCAAAUGAUUGCAGUCUUCUGUGGCCUCUGACGAGAACAACAAAUAUACUGACAGAGACAGCAAAAGAGAAUAUUUAUUAUUGGGACAGGUCCAGGAAAUACAGAAGAUCAAAUUACUGUGUCAGUCUUCCACAGGUUACUAGCAGAGCUCCCUAAUGUAGCCUCAGGGCUAAUGCACUAGCCCCUCCACAAAUAGACUCACAUACACACAACUGAAGCAAGCUCCCCACUCUGAGCCAGCAAUUCCCCAAGACCCCACUUCCUGUGAGAGUUACAUGUGUGACUCUUUUUGGAUCCACAAAUGUCAUCUAGUCAACAAUCCCUCUAUCCAUUUGUCUUCCGGGAAAGGUCCUUGCCUGUUUGGGGAAAUGAGAUUUUAUAGUCUGCUUUGGGAGACUGGAUAUAGCCAUCUCCAGGAGACAGAGUCAGUUUUAUGUAGACAAUUAAGUUGGUAUCAUGACGAGGCCUGUUUCUAUAGAACUGAGCAUUUCUGACUGAUCAACAGGGUUUAGCCUCUUGCCAGUUCAUCCUCAGAACACAUGACUAUACUACCAGGGAGAAACUACAGACUGAGCAAGUGUGAACAUCAGAGAGCAUCAAGGGUGUAAGAGGAUAAAUUCAGCUUCUGUGACCUCAUCUCUGUUCCCAAGAGACCCCCGUUCCUAUAUUCCCCACCUUGCCCAAGCUGGGAUACAGAGGCUCCCCUCAGUCUGAACUGAGGCCAGGCCUCGGGGGUGGGGGCCAAGAGGGCUCCUGGAGCCAAGUUAAGAGCCAAGAGAGCACUGCUUAUGUGAAUGGAAAGGGCUUGAGCCAGGCAGGAAUCUGCUAAGAAACCCCUUUUAAGACAAUCAGACAACCAAGAUGACCAAGCAAACUGAAUCUCUCUGUUCUUCCACAAAGCCCUGAAGAGACACUCAAGCUUAAAUUUUCUUGGUCUUGGCCUGAAUCUCCAUUUGAGCAGAUUUUCAUUACCUGGCCAUGGUUUUUGACUAUACUGUAAGAUUUUGCAAUAGUCUCUUGAGCCCCCGUGAUCAUAACAUAUUCUUGCCUGCAGCUCUAGAGAGACCCUCUAAUGCUGGUUAAUGGUACCAGGUACAACCUAAUGACCCAAAGGUGCCACAGCCUUGCACUGGUUGGCAUCACAUCGAUCCAGGACUAGUCCAGCCAACCAAGGAGUCAAAAAAGAGGAGAGCUGCUCAAGGAAACACUGGGUGUGUAGGAAAGGAGUGGGCAUGUAGUAGAAAGAGAACAGCAGGAACAAACAGAAAUCAUAUGUGGAAGGAAACAGUUCAGUUGGCCACACUGGAAGAAAGGCCAGAAAGAGGUAGAAAGUCUUGGGUCAUCCUGGCUAUUCUCUCCAUUUGCAGGAUAUCACCAACUCUAUGUCCUCCUCAGUACAUGGAAAAGAGAAAAAAGAUGACUGUGUGUUUUGAGUAACAAGAAUUAAACCAUAAGGGGAGACUGUAUAAAACUAAUGCAAAUUAUACUCACCUCAGUAAACUGCUCACCAUUUAUGUCUAAUAACAACCUAUCACAAUGACUACGUAUAUCAUU